UUCCUUCCUGCGCAGGACCCACCGAACAACGGGAGACAGAGGGAUGCGUGCGUGUCCCGGACGCCAAGGAUGUGCCUCGUUAAUUCCAAGUCUCACGAGUGAAUUUUUCGACCAUCAUCUUGAAUCAAGAAACUCAAAAACGGCCGAAACAUCCUUCAACAGAUCGGAAGUCCUGCGGACGAAAAGGACCACAAAGGGAGUUCGCUAAAAAUUCGCUUUCUUGUUGAGUGGACUGCUCUUGCGAAUUAAAAUGGUUGUGAUUGGCCGAAUCGAGUGAUUUCCCUGACAGAACAAUAGAAGGUUGGUCGGGGUAGUUCCCCACAAUAUCAGGAUUCGUUAAAAUCCGGUUUACGCGAUAGUGUUGUUAGAAAAAGGGCACGGACGAAGGGAUGAGUCGCCGCUGCGCGCUGGUGCGCAAAAAACUUUGCUGAUCGUGCCGGAUCGUGCGCCCCGCGCGCGGAGUACAGGGGUGGAAAAAGAAAAUCGUCGUCGAUCGGAAAGAUAGAACUAGAAAAAAGAAUUAUUCAAGAAACAGAAAUUUGACGAGUUCACGCACAAUCGAAGGUUUAUCUGCAAAAUCAGAAGAAUCAAGUUAUCCAUAUGAGGUAUUCAAGACAAAGGAGAGGAGACUUGAAUAAAACGAGAAAGUGUCCUCGCAAAGGAUGAGAUCUUACGACGGCGAGAGUAGCUCGACGGAAGACGACGAUCGCAGAGAAGGUUUACCGGAAGCGCAUCUGCAGCAAGGUUCUUGGCAACGCACAGCGUCACAUCCUACUUGGGCCUGGGAGCAUCGUAACGCACAUCCAUUGCCCCCGCAAUCCGCGGCAGCUCUCGAAUCCGUGUACUCAGCACCGGGGGCCUCACAUCCAGGUGUUUCGGGACCACCAGCAGCAUACUCCUCGGAACACCCCCAGAGCGCGCCAGGACGAAGGACUCCACUGGGCACUGUAGGUCUCGGUGGUUUUUACUUUCAACAACAACCGCAACCGCACGCAUCAUCCAGCGCAUUAUCUGAUGAGAAUCGACCGGACGAAAGGCCCACAGGUUCGCGAUUAAACUGCUCCUCAAAAUCGAAGACAACUCGUCAAGGAAAGAGUGUUAGGCUGAACAUUAACGCGCGUGAACGCAGGAGGAUGCAUGAUCUGAACGAUGCUCUGGACGAACUCCGCUCCGUCAUUCCUUACGCUCACAGCCCCUCGGUGAGGAAGCUGUCGAAAAUAGCCACCCUUCUGCUGGCAAAGAAUUACAUUCUCAUGCAAGGAAACGCCUUGGAGGAGCUCCGAAGAGUGAUAGCUGUUCUGCAGUCGCCGCACGCGCAUACCACCGCUCUGCCACCUACGCCGGUCACCUACGAUCUCCUGCAAGGGUUUCCCGGGAAGCUGUUCCAGGGGGUGCAAGAGAUGCAGGGACUCUCCGCGAACGAUCCUCAGAUCGUGACCGCGGGAGGACCUCCAACCGACGGGACGGUCGCCAGUGGAGAAUCAAAUUAGAACUGAUGCUCCUUUUUGCGACUGCUAAAAGGACUCUCUCCUCUCCAUUUCUUUGAAAUGAAAAGAUAAAGUCUGAGAAGCGAGCGGUAGAAUCAAACAAAUAAGGAUAAGGGUGGAAUAGUGAGAGGAGAGAUUCCCGAAAUCGAUUCAGAAAUCUGUCAGGACCUAAGCCUAACGGCGACGAUCGAGUAUUAACGUAAGAUAUCGCCUACGAGAUUUUCAAGAUGAAGUCUUGGUGGAGAGUUCGCAGAAAUAUAGGGAUGCCGUGACUCCAUUUUGGUCAGAAAGUACCGCGGCAAAAAUAUUAGUUGUUAGAAUAUUAUUUAUCCACUGGUUAACUUCUUCAGGAUGGGGGAAUGAAUCUUUUCUAAAUAUUGACACGAACAUUAUCUUUAUUUAAAACUUAAAGAAUAAAUAACAAAACUCUUACGUCAUUUUAUUUUUUCUGUAGAAGCACAAGACACGAGAUAAAUAUUCAGAUCAAUUGACGCAAACAAAAGAGGACAUAAUAUAAUCAAAAGUUAAUUACAGAAACGUUGAAAUAAGCAUUAAUCAAAUAGGAAUUUGAUAGGAUUAAACAAAUAUUCUUUCUACACAAAAAAAAUGUAUUCUCUCCUCCUGAGGGAAUUAAUCGGCCUCCUAUUGGAGUCCAACUAAGAUACGAAUGAAAAUAUUGCGAAAGUAUUGCGAAAGUAUUAGCAAUUAAGCGAUAAACAUUCUUAUGAACUACAGUCAAUAAUACAGCAAUAAGACGACGGCGCGUUUUCGUUCAUCCGAUAAUUGAUUCUUAAAGAGAGAUUAGCGUUCAAUCAUGUGGUAUCAAUUACAAUUUUCUCCUGAAAGUGAAAAACGCAAAUCUUGAAGAAAGCUUGCCAAAACUGCGAUUAUAUAAUUACUUGAAAAGCAUUGAUGGAUUCAAAUGGACAAAGUUCACUCGAGAUUUACUAAACUGAAGAAAUAGGAAAGAAAUUUUUCGGAAAAUUGCGAUCGAUGCACAUGAUUUGCAACUGUCCAAUCAGUAGAAUGAUGACGGAAGAAUGUUGACGUCGCUAAGACUCGGAACACGAAAGAAUGGUUCCCGAGUUUCGUCCUGAAACACGAUAGUCAAUAUUAGUAUGUGAUACGUGUCGAGAAAGGAGUUCUAGUCAUAUACAACAUAAAGAUAUUGAAUAUUCAUAUACACAUAUACAGUAUAUAUAUAUACAUAUAUAUACAUAUAUAUAUACACAUAUAUAUUUAAUAAUCUCUAAACGAGGCAUCGACUUACUACUUAUUUAUAUACUUAAGAGUCUACUAUACGAUACGUCGAUAAGAAUUUAAUUCUGCUUCGAGAAGCGAGUGAUAGAGUGCGAUGUGAGAAAAGAGAAAGAGAGGACGCGCAAUCGGAAAGAGAACAGAAUACUAUUUAUUGUGCUAUUUAUAAGAAACAUCCGUGCGAUCUCUUUUUAUUUCGCGACGCCCCUUUACGCCGGGGCGAAAAUAAAAACGUGGCAACGUUUCAACAAAGGCGGAAGAAUAUACUUGUUGUAGAGUGUAGAUAAAUAAUUGUUUAGCAUUCUCGAAUAAAAUCUAUUUAAGAAGA